AUGGCCGCGGCUUUCCAGCUGUCGUGCGACGCAGCUGCGCGGCAGCUUCGCGAGGCGUCCAAGGGUGGCGGCCACCCGGCGCACGCCGCUGCGCAGGCGCAUGCGGCACGGUUCGGGCAACUUGCGGCACUCUCGCGCGCGGCUGAGCUGGAUUUGAGCCUGGAGCAGCUGGAGUGCAUCGAGGGGCUGGCGCGGCACUGCCCUGAGCUGCAGGUGCUCAGGGUGGAUGGCAACCAGCUUGCGCGGCUGCACGACGCGUCGGCGUUGCUGAGCCUGCGGGAGCUGCAUGCCCGGAACAACAGGUUGCAGGAGCUGCCCCCCGUCUGGGGUCUUUCAAGACUGCGCAAGCUGUGCCUCGACGGCAACCGCCUGCAGUAUAUCAUGCCGCCCGCGGCUGCCACGCGGCCCAUGCCCGAUGGCAAGGGGGAGCAGGGCCUGCAGGCGCCGGCACCGGCGGCGCUGCACACGCUGUCGCUGGCCCAAAACCAGAUAGAAUCCUUUCAGGCCGCCGGCCGCUGCGGCGGCGGAACCGCAGUAGGGGCCACAGCGGGUGACAGCAGCGGCAGCAGCAGCAGCAGCAGCAGCAGCAGCAGCAGCAGCAGCAGCAGCAGCAGCUGUGGUGCGCUGGCAGCGUGGUGCGGCGCGACCCUCGAGGAGCUCCGGCUGGGCGGCAACAGGCUGACCUCACUGGGCGGGCUGCGGGGCUGCGGCCGGCUGCGGGUUGUGGAUGCAACGCGCAACCGCCUCACCGGCCUCGAGGGCCUGGAGAGCUGCCACCUGCUGCAGGUCCUGCUGGCGCCGCACAACAUGCUCCCAACGCUGCCCCCCGCCGCCCUCGCGCGCUGGCCGCUCCUGCGGCGCCUCGAUCUCUCCGGAAACCGCCUGGCGGCGCUGCCCUCGCUGCCGCCUCUGCCGCACCUGGAGACACUCGAGCUUUCUGACAACCAGAUUGCAGUCAUCGCGCCGCUCGCGGCGGCCGCGCUGCCCCUCCUGCGCCGCCUCGACCUGUCUUUUAAUGCGCUGCCCGACCUCGGCUGCGUGGCGCGCCUGACGGCGCUGCCCGCGCUCGAGUCCCUGCAGCUGCACGACAAUCCAGCGGCGGCGCUGGCAGGGUACAACGCCGCGGUCGCGGCGGCCCUGCCGUGGCUGCGAGAGCAUGACAGGCGGCGACUGGGCGAGCGGCAGUGGGAGGGGCAGGAGCCGCCCGCGGGCGCGGCACGCCAGCAGGCGCGGGCGCGAGAGGCCGCGGCGGGGCGGGCAGCAAACGCGGCGGCGCGGGAGGCGGGGGUCGCGCUGCAGCUCAUGCUGCACCUGCGGUCCUUUCCAGAUGCUGCAAUGGGCGCCAGCUCGGCGCAGCGGCGCGCCGCGGCGCAGCACUGGCUGCCGGCUCUCAUGGCUGCAGGCAGCGCUUCUGGGUGUCGUCAUCUGUCAUCGGAGCAGCAAAAACCCGGCGACUGGCAGCACGCGCAGUGGUCACACAGCUCCACUAUCAGCCUGGCGCACAAGCAGUCGCUGGAAUGGGCCGCGCUCGCCGCCCUCAAGCCGCGGCAGCUGCUGCGCUCGGCGUCCGCGGCGGGCGGCGGCGGGCAGGGGCGGGCAAGGGUGGAGGAGCCCGGGCUCGCGGGGGCUGAGGUCGGCGCAAACUCACUGGGUUGGCCUGCCCCAGCGUGGGUGGCGGAGUGGGAGGCGGAGACGGGCCUGCGGUUGGAGGAUGUCGGCUGUGCAGAACUGGCAGAGGCUGUCGGCUGCAGCACAGGCCACGCCGCUGGCAGGGGCAGCAUAGACGCAGAGGAGAGCUUGGGCAGCCUUGAGGGAGUGGGGGACGAUUUCCUGCAGCUAGCGCCUGGCCUCGAGGCGGAGCUGAUGGGGUCGCAAGCGGCAGCGGGCUGGCUGCCGGGGGCGAGGGCCGCCGACGACCCCCAGUGCUGGAGCGUGAGCGGGAGUGGCGGGCGCACGGCAGAGGGCGGCGCGGACGACCAUGGCGGCGGAGGCAGCUCGUGCGACGGCAGCGAGUGCAGCAGCGGCAGCGGCAGCGGCGCCGACGACAGCGGCGGCGAACAGGGCGGCGGCUCACCCGCGGAGCUGCGCGCGGCGCGGCUCGACGCGCGGCUGCGGGGUCUGAUGGCGGAGUGGGGGUUCAACGACAUGGCGACUGCCCUGGCAUACCACAAACGCCAGCAGCGCGUGCUGCGCGCGCAGCACAAGCACCUGGCGGACGAGCGCCUGCGUGACCCCCACGCGCGGCUGCGCCGCCUGCAGCACCAGGACAGCGGCGUCGGCGUCGACCCGGCGGUGGUGGCCGAGCCCGGCGUCCCCAAAGGAACGGUCAUGCUCGGGGGCGCGGACGCCGCCGCCGGCCUGGCGGGCGCGUUCACUGACCCAUCUGUGACAGAGGUGCUCCUCGGCCCCGGCACCCUGAUCAUGCGCCCGGCCCUGUUCCAUGGCUACGGCUCCGCCCGCGCCAAGGGCCUGCUGCCGCUGACGCGCAACAUAACCGUGCGCAGCGCCGACCCCGCGAUGACGGCGUCGAUCGACUGGGCUAUGCUCGAUGGGACCAUGCUGCUCAAGGCGGGCCGCAGCCUCACAUUCAAAGACCUGGGCCUGACAAACAUCAGGUACGGCCCCGGCACUGGCGCCGACUUCCUGCAAGGCGAGGGCCCCAGCUCGCUUCUGGUCUUUGACAAUGUGGUGUGGGUGCGCCAGGUCUGCCUGCCCUAUGAUAACAAGUCGGGCGUCGGCAUCGCCGCCGCCGUCCGCAACAGCGCCGCCAACACGACACUGCCUCAACCCGUUUUGCGCCAGCUCCCCAGCUUCUUCUUCAACGGCACGUGCUUCCAGGAAAACGUGGUGCAGCUGGACCACGCAUUCCUUAUGGUGGUGCCCGGUGCCAAUGACCUGGGUGCCGGCCUGCUGCCAGAGGGGCCGGUCGACAACAGAUACCUGUGGGAGAUGCGCAACUCGACGCGCCUGUGCGCCGUGACGGUCGACGCCGCAUGCCUGGACGUGAGCUCCCCCAAUACGUGCUACGACACCACGUAUCUCGCAUUCCAGUCGAGAAACGCCCCCCAGGGCGGCGCCUCGGGGCCAGACCCAGUGGCAAUUGGGGUGCCGAUCGCCGCGGGCGGCGCUGCCGCGCUCGCGGUGCUGGUGGCCGCGCUGCUGCUGCUGCAGCGGAGCCGGCGGCGGCGGCGGGCGCGCGAGGCGGCGGCGGCGGCGGCGGAGGGAGGGCCAAAGGGCGGGACUAAUGAGGGGGGCUACCCGCAGGCUGGCGCGCACCUGGGCUCGCCCCGCGGCGGCGGCGGUGGCGGCCCGGGGGACAACUGGCGCCUCAUGGCGCGCCACACGGCGCCCGAGUUUGGGGAGGAGGCUUCCGCACAGCUGCUGGACCAUGUGCAGCUGGGCGUGCUGCUGGGCGCGGGGUCGUUUGGGCGUGUGUACAAGGGCCGCUGGCAGGGGAGGGACGUCGCAGUCAAGGUGAUGAUGCACGACGCGGCGGUGGCAAAGAGCGUGGCACGCGAGAUCGAUCUGGUGAUGUCAUUCAAGCAUCCCAACAUCGUGCAGAAAAAAACAUGCCCCGCGCCGCGCCCUUGCCUAUGCCACGCGUUGGACACCGACUACAUGCACUGCCUAGGCUCGUUUGAGCCCUGGGCCCUUCGUGCGCGUGGGGGAGGGCAGAGCUGCCGCAGCGGAAGCCGCAGCAUUUGA